UCAUUUUUGUUCAUGUUAACCAAUCAGAUAAACCUGCCAGGCGUCCGACUCGGAUAUCAUUAGUGUGGUGUGGUAAAAGCAAAUCGAACCUUCAAGUUGAGCCCAUUCCGACUAUAUGUACCGUUACAACUCCCGAACCGCAUCGUUCGACUUGUGGCCAAAGCUACUAACUGGUAUUCGGUUUGGGUCGGUCAUUCGCUUAGGAAUCCCUGCAAUGCGUGUGGAUCAUCCAAAAAAACCGUUCCAUUUUUUGUCUCACCCGAAGCGCAAAAAUCGCUAUCAAGUUUUGUUAUUCGGGUUGAGAGUACAAUGAGCUGCCGGACCGAUGCCCCUUCCAAUGGUUGAGGAUGUCUUGUUUCAAGCCUUUGUAAAGGCAAGGCUCGUUGACGAAAUUGGCGCUUGGAUAGUUGUGGAGAAACGUGGAAGGACAGAUCGAGGAGUUCAAAUUAGCGCUGCUGGUCAGGCAGUUUCGUUCAAGUUAUGGGGCUCUACCCGAACUUCUUCCAAAGACAUCAUUAUCAUCGUCCGAGGAGACGGAGAACGUCCCCCGAACACCUCAUACCAGCCGUCUACGAAACACGAGCUCCCACUAGCUUCAACAAUCCGCAUUCUAGCCUGGUCACCCAUCAUGCAUCAUCCCUAAUUUUUUGCUUCAACUGAAAACACAGACACUACACAUACUUCUUUCGACAUAUCCCUCAUGGAAUCAGCUGCAGAUCGUCUUGUCAGCGAGCAUGACCUCCAAAAUUUGUGCAAGCCAGAUCCAGGAAACAAGAUCGAUCCAGUUUCUCCAUAGUCGGAUGGCGACAAACGAGUAUACGUGUUCGAUCUUAUAGGAUCUGCUUUCCUAUACCAUCAAGUUCGAUCCUCACUUCCAGGUAGCACGUUCCUUGACCGUCUGUUCCACCGCAGCCCCUCCGAUGCCCAUGAUAAGUCACCGUCCUCCCUCCUCGACUAC